GACCGAAGUAUGGCGAAGUCUGCGAUUCUAACCUAAUUGACAGCUGCUUGUUUAAUUCCGAUCUCGAAUGUAUCCAGACAGGCACUGGAGAUCACGUGUGCUUGUGUUCAGAUGAAAAUGUUACGUUUUGGGAUCCGUCUACGUCGCAAUGCAAACAACGACCGCAUUAUGGAUCCGGCUGUCACCCAGAUCAUCCUGAAAGCUGCCUCUUCAAUGAUCAACUGCAAUGUGUGACAUUAGAACAUGUGAAUAAGUCCACGUGUCAAUGUGAAAACGAGACCACCUUUUACUGGGACCACACAUCAACUGAAUGCAAACCACGACUUCAAUACGGCUCUGACUGCAGUCCAGAUUUAUUGAAUAGCUGUCAGCACAGGUCGGACCUCAAAUGUGUGCUCUUAGGUAACACGAGUCGAUACACGUGCCAGUGCGCGGACGAAGAUGACACCUUUUGGGACGGUGCCACACUUUACUGUUCUCCCCGACCACACUAUGGGGAUCGAUGUAAUUCCGAUUACACUGAUAGCUGCAGGCAUAACUCAGAUUUAAGCUGUUUACCUUCUUCUAAUUCUGAAAAUUUUACAUGUCAGUGUAAAGAUGAGAAUGACACCUUCUGGAAUAAGAAGACGACAUCAUGUGUUUCAAGACCUAAGUACGGGGAUCAAUGUAAACCGGACCUACCAAACAGCUGUGUAUAUAACAAUCACCUUCAAUGUAAAACGGACGAAACAUCCGGCAACUCAACAUGUCAGUGUGUAAACGAAACGUCUACGUUCUGGGAAUCAAAUAUUUCGAAAUGUUCUGUCAGACCAGAGAACAGACAACGUUGUGACCCUCAAUUUCCGGACAGCUGUCAUUUUAAUUCGGAACUAAAGUGUUUAUAUUCGAAUGAAAGUGGGCAGCAUAUCUGUCAAUGUUUCAACGAAGUUUCAACGUACUGGAUGGACGAUAACAGCAGAUGCGAAACUAGACCUGAAUAUGGAGAAGAAUGUCUCUCUGAUUAUAACAAUAGCUGCCACCAUAAUAGUUUCCUGACGUGUGUAGUAUCUGAAACGACAGGGAAAGCAUCAUGCCAAUGUUUUAACGAAACAGCAACAUUUUGGGAAUCAGCAAAGUCCGAAUGUAAACCCAGACCGGAAUACGGAUCACCAUGUCAAGCAGAGUUCCCAGACAGCUGUAAUCCGCAGGCAGCACUGGAAUGUUCACUGUCCAAUGAGCGAGACACUCAUGUGUGCCAGUGCAAAAAUGAGAAUAUGACAUUCUGGAAAUCUUCGAAGAUGGAAUGCGAUAUUCGACCUUCGUAUGGAAACGAUUGUUUACCAGAAUAUCCAAAUAGCUGUGAACACAAAUCGGAGUUGCAGUGUCUUUAUUUAAACAGUUCUCAAACAUAUGUGUGCCAAUGUGCAGAAGAAGAAACAACGUUUUGGGAUCCAACAUCUACAAUAUGUAAAUCAC